AUGUCCGAGUCAGCGAGCGCAAAUACCCCGAAGCCGAGCAGCAGUGUCAAGCUUGUGCUGCUAGGAGAGGCCGCAGUGGGCAAGUCAUCUCUUGUCCUCCGCUUCGUCAACGAUGAUUUCCAGGAGAACAAGGAACCAACCAUUGGCGCCGCAUUUCUGACGCAAAAAUGUUCCCUUCCUACGCGCACGAUCAAGUUUGAGAUCUGGGAUACCGCCGGCCAGGAGCGAUUCGCUUCGCUCGCCCCGAUGUACUACCGUAACGCGCAGGCAGCGCUUGUUGUCUACGACGUCACAAAACCCUCCUCGCUGAUAAAAGCCAAGCACUGGGUCGCCGAGUUACAGCGCCAAGCGAGCCCUGGAAUCGUCAUUGCCCUCGUUGGUAACAAGCUGGACUUGACCAACGACGGCGGAGAUGUUUCCGAGGCCGCUGUCGCUGCACAGGGCGAAUCUGAGCAGGCACAGGAUGGCGAGGAAGGCGCCAACGAGGAAGAUGAUGUGCAGGAUGCCGUAUCCGGUGAUGCCCGCAAGGUAUCAACAAGGGAGGCUACCGGCUAUGCGGAGGAAGAAGGUCUUUUGUUCUUCGAGACUAGCGCCAAGACUGGAACCAAUGUUGUGGAUGUCUUCACGGCAAUUGCCAAUGCUAUCCCCGAGAGCAGUCUGAAGACUGGUCGGGGUACCGGUGCGGGAACUGGCCAGACUUCGUUGGGUCGGUCAGCAGAAGAAUCACUGGUCAACCUGGAUGAUCGUAACGCUGCCACGGCCAAGGAGGGCUGCGCUUGCUGA